AUGUCACCUAUAGAGCACGGUGAGGUCUACGUGACAGAUGAUGGUGGUGAAAUGGAUCUCGAUCUCGGCAACUAUGAGCGAUAUCUUCUGACCACACUCACCCGAGACCACAACAUCACAACCGGCAAGAUCUACCAGCACGUCAUUGAGAGAGAGCGUGUCGGACAAUAUCUCGGUAAAACCGUUCAAGUCGUACCACAUAUCACCAAUGCCAUUCAAGAUUGGAUCGAGCGCGUUGCCAAGGUUCCUGUUGACGAGUCUGGAGCCGAACCUGAUGUUUGCAUUAUCGAAUUAGGUGGUACUGUCGGAGAUAUCGAGAGUGCUCCAUUCAUUCAUGCUGUCAGUCAGCUUCAAAGACGGGCUGGCAAAGGCAACUAUGCACAGAUUCACGUCUCAUAUGUUCCUGUCAUUCCACCUGGACCCGGUGGUGAGCAAAAGACGAAACCGACACAGAGGGCUGUUAGCGAUGUCCGAAGUGCCGGUCUCAACCCAGAUUUGAUCGCCUGCCGCUGUGAACAACCGCUAGAGGACACUACAAUCGACAAGAUCGCAAACAUGUGCCAAAUGGAGCGAAAACAAGUCGUUGCAGUACACAACGUAUCCACCACAUAUCACGUUCCUCUACUCCUUGAAAAACAAAAACUCCUCAAAACACUCAGCGAGCUUCUCAACCUCUCCUCUAUUCCACAACCGGCCCCUCGCAUUGAGCAGGGUAGUCGCAUGUGGAGAGACUGGGUUGAUCUUGCACACAGCCAGGACAAUCUUCACGACACAGUGAAUAUCGCGCUUGUGGGUAAAUAUACAACGCUCCAUGACGCAUACAUCAGUCUCAGCAAAUCCUUUGAGCAUGCUGCCAUGUACUGCCGCAAGAAGCUCAAGGUUAUCUGGGUCGACGCCUCGCACCUCGAAGAUGAGACCUUGGAAGUUUCGCCUGCAGAGUUCCACAAGGCGUGGCACAAUGUGUGCACCGCUGACGGAUUGUGUGUUCCCGGCGGAUUCGGCACUCGCGCUACGCUCGGUAUGAUGAAAGCGAUAACAUGGGCGCGCACCAAGAACGUGCCCUUUUUGGGUAUUUGUCUCGGUAUGCAGCUUGCUGUUAUCGAGUAUGCUCGCAACGUUGUCGGGAUUGAAGAUGCGGGUAGCGCAGAGUUGCAUCCUGAUGCUAAGGAGCAUGCCAUUAUCUACAUGCCCGAGGUCGACAAGACAAAACUCGGCGGCACAAUGCGUCUCGGCAAGCAUCCUUGCAUCUUCCAGGCUGGCAGCGAAUGGUCAAAACUCCGCGCUCUAUAUGGAUCAGCGCCUCAGAUCCAGGAACGACACCGCCACCGCUACGAGGUCAAUCCAGAAAUGGUUGAGCGUCUCGAAAAGGCUGGUCUCACUUUUGUCGGAAAGGAUGUCAAGGGUGAGCGUAUGGAGAUUAUUGAAUUGAAGGACCACCCUUGGUUCGUGGGUGUGCAGUUCCAUCCUGAGUAUCUGUCGCGAGUGCUGUCGCCUAGCUUUACUGUUCUCGGCUUCUUCGCCGCCGCCGCUGGAUGCCUGGACGAAAUCACAGCGAAGCUGAAUAAUGAUGGAGAGAAUUCUAUGCGAUUGCCAUUCCAUGAGAGAAGCGGUGCGCAAUAA